GGCGGCGGGGAGCAGAUCGGGCGCCUCACGCGGGAGGGAUCACGCGCGCUGGAGUUCGAGGGCUCCAGCCGCCCGGCGCCUCCGCGCGAGGGGGCUUCCCCCGGCCUAACGUCCGAGGACCGGCCCGCAGCGGCCGCUGAGUUGGUGGCCGGCGGCGGGGAGGAGGAGGAGGAGGAGGAGGAGGAGGAGGAAGAGGACCCGGACCCCCCGUCCCGCCAUGGAUAGCAAACCUCUGCUGCAGGACCGCCCCCCGCCCUACACGGUGGAGGCCGGCCAGGGCGACUACGCCUACGGGCAGCGGCACAACUACGGCGCCAUCCCCGCCCAGCCCCCCCAGCACAAUUUCCAGCCCGGCUUCCAACCCCCGCCCUACCCCUACACCGCCCCAGUUGGACCGAACUACCCCCAUGGAGCUUACACUGUCAUCCAACAGCCUGCCUCUUCUAUAGUGGUCGUUGGAGGUUGUCCAGCCUGCAGAGUUGGGGUUUUGGAAGAUGCCUUCACCUGUUUCGGUAUCUUUUGUGCCAUUUUCUUUUUCCCCUUUGGCAUUCUCUUCUGUCUUGCAUUGAGGCAGCGAAGAUGCCCUAACUGUGGAGCAACUUUCGGUUGAACGGAACAAUCUGACGCGGCAUCCUGAAACCACCUCUUCUCCCCUUUCCCCAGUAAUCUUUUUCUAAUGUAAAUGUCAUGUACAAUCGGCUUUAUUUGAUCAAGCUUCAGAACUGUUUUGUAAAGUAUGAUGGAUUUUUUGCAUGUGAGACCUAAUGUCCCCUGGGCAUGUGUGUGGCAAAAUAAAGAGCAACCUGCUUCUAAGGUUAAUGACAACUCAGAUUUAAAACACUGCUUCGGGUUUUUGCAGUCUUUUCGAUUUGUGCCAGAAAUGUUGUUUUUAUAAAAGGAGAUUGGUAGAGUUUAAGCUGUUUCUGCUUAAUUCAGUGUCUGCCCACUGUCACAAUGUAAAUUUUUAAAAAAUAAAAGUUAACUCUCAUUUCAA